AUGUCAAAGAUUAAAGCGGUGUUGACUCCAACGAAAUCUACCAAGAAACCACCGGUUGUCCAACAAAAUACUCGUGGCCGACCAACAACAAAGCAGGUACAAGAAAGGUUGGACGAGGCCUCUCGUAUAGAUGAAGAAUUGAGGAGAAGCUCCUUCGGUGAUGCAAACACGUGCUUUGAAGGUUCACGACAAAGUAAGUACGAUAAACCUCGCCACAGCUCGUACAUUCCGUCACAGGCCUCUCAACAGUCGGUUAUAAGGUCACAAAAACCCAAAGCGAGCCUAAGCCGUUCAAAGAGUUCUAAGAAGAAAGAGACACGAGAUGAUCACGGUUUUCCUUUAGUCAUUGGGGACGAGUACGUGGGAAUCAUCGAACGGUUUAAGUCUGCCAUUCCGCCAGUGUUCCAUCCGUACGUCUCGUGCAUACGAGAUGUGAUGCCGGACGGUCAUUGUGGGUUUCGGUCUGUGGCUGUGGGCUUAGGUAUGGAUCAGAGUUCGUGGGGGCUCAUUCGAAGGGACCUUGUCCAAGAAAUGGAUCAGAACGAAUCGAUCUGGUUCCCAAUAUUUGAAGCAUGGGAAGAAGGUUAUUUUUACACGCAUCGUCAGGGCCUAAUUUGGGAUUCAGUGGCUGGUUGUGGGGAGGAUAACUGGAUGGACUUCCCCUUAGCAGGACUUCUUAUUGCACAAACGUACGGUAUCGGGGUGCACCUGUUAACGACAACCAUGGGUGCGAGUUCCACUUACUUCCCAAUACUAACUCCUCCGGCUAAUCAACAACCAUUAUUCAUAACGCUUACACAAGUUAACGAGAACCACUUCAUACAUGUUAAGCUGGAAGGGGAUUAUCCUAUGCCACCAGCACACGGGCUAUGGUUGACCCACCAAAGACCCCAUACGGAAAAAUGGGAAGAUAUGUACCUGCCACGUCUAGAAUGGUAUACAUCGAUAAUGAAUCCUCCGCCAAGAUCAAACCCCAGUCUUAAUUACAUAGAUAGUUAUACGGAAGAAUGA